UCAGUGGCUGUUUAUUGGACAUUCGCUGAAAAGCACCGGGACUUCUCGGUUUACGACAGAGUGAGUGCGUGCGUGCGCGUGGGAACGGUAGCAAGAUGGCGGCGCUGAAGGAGGAGCAGUGCUACGGACUGUCCUGUGGAAGAGUGAGCAAUGGCAGUAAUGUCUCUGUCUUUCAUGUGAAACUUACUGACAGCGCCCUGAGAGCAUUUGAAGGCUACCAGAGUGGCAAGGUGCUGUCAUUGCGACCAUUGAUCAGAUUUAAUGGAAACCAAGGGAAAAUCUCAAUACCAAGAUCAGAAACCUCUAGUGAAGCACAAACGUUUACUUUUUACCUGUCUCACGUGGGCAGAGAUAAUCCCCAGGGCAGCUUCGACUGCAUUCAGCAGUACAUCACCAGUGAAGGGAGCAUUCAGCUAGACUGUUUGGGUGGGAUACAGGACAAAAUCACGGUAUGUGCCACCGACGAUUCCUACCAGAAGGCCAGAGAAAGUAUGGCCCAGGUGGAGGAGGAGACUCGCAGCAGAAGUGCCAUUGUCAUCAAGCCUGGGGGGAGAUAUGUGGGUAAGAAAGUUCAGAUCCGGAAACCGGCUCCUGGUCUUUCUGACAUUGCUCCUUCACGGAGAACCUCUCGACCUGUGAUCAUCUCCAGUGGAAAUGUGAAGAAGGUCACAACGCAGCACCGACCUUUGCGGGAGCGGCUCGUUCACUUCUUGGCUCUUAAGCCUUACAAGAAGCCAGAGUUAAUAUUGAGAUUGCAAAAAGACGGUCUCUCGCAAUCAGACAAGGAGUCUCUGGAUAGCCACCUGCAACAGGUGGCUAAUCUGAAUGUGAAGGACAACACCUUCACAUUAAAGGACUUUAUUUAUAAAGAAAUUCAGAAGGACUGGCCCGGUUACACAGAAGGAGACCAACAGCUUCUGAAGAGAAUCCUCUUUAGGAAGCAGACGCAGCCCCUGCCACCGGAGAGCCCACCCAAAGAGCAGCCCAGUAGUUCACCGUCUCAGAAACGACCAGCUGCUGACUUCAUUGACCCCCUAGUCAACAAAAAGCCUAGAAUAUCACACCUCGCCAACAAGGCUGCAACAGCCCCUGUGAAUGGUCGACUGGGCUCAUCCAAUGGGAAAGCAGAAGUCCAGUCUGUGUCUGUUUCUUUGUCGGACUCUGGUGUAACGUCCAGCACCCAGCCCCUGCCAGCGCUGGACAUCCCUCGCCCAUUUGAAGCACUUUCGGAUGUCAGUAACGACUCCAGCCAUAACGGCCGUGAUUGUGACUCUCAUGAAAGCGCCGAGAGACUGUGUCCUGCACCUUCCCACUCCUUGGGCCCAGUAGCGAUGUCCACCCCCAGCAUCAGCACGUCUUCCCCUGGACACAACGUCCUGAAUGUGGCUCGGGACCAGAGUCCUACCUCCUUAGUCAACAAGUCAAAAAAGAAGUCCAAAAAACAUAAAGAUAAAGACAAGACCAAAGACCGAGAAAGGGCAAAAGAAAAGACUCAAGAAAAGGAGAAGCAGAGGAAAGUUUAUGAGGAACGAGAGCCUGAGCCCAGACCAUGUGAGGCGAGUCCUGACACCCUGAAGAGCAACAGUAUUCCACACAGAAGCACAGAUAUUAAUGGAAUGUGCAACAUUACCAGUAUUCCGUUGUCAACCCCUGAAGUGGCUGACUAUUUAUUGAAGUAUACAGUGAUUGGCACUCCCGAACAGCGCCAAAAGUAUAAAAAUGAUUUCAAUGCAGAAUACACAGAGUACAGGGGCCUGCAUGCUCGGAUAGAGGGCAUCACACGGCAGUUCACAGUGCUGGACAAUGAGCUGAAACAGCUCCAGCAAGGCACAGACAAGUACAAGACAAUCCAUAAUCAGAUUCUUCAAGAGUAUCAUAAAAUCAAAAAGACUAAUCCCAACUAUAGUCAAGAGAAGAACCGCUGUGAAUAUCUACACAACAAACUGGCACAUAUUAAGAAACUUAUUGCCGAAUAUGAUCAACAGCAACUUUAAGAGUUUCUACAUGGAUUCUGUUUUCCUUUGAAAAUCCUCUCAUGAGAGACGCCAUGAAGGGAAUGUGGCCUCAUCAGGGCUGAAGGCUCUUGUGGGCAAUAAACUGGACACCUUCAUCUUUUUUUUUGUUCUCUUUUGAUGGAUCAUCUGGCUGUAAUGGUCAGACCCAUCAGGUAGUUACAAUGCAUCCCAGCCUGCAUUUAGUGCACAGUGGUAAAGGAUUCAAACCUACACAAUUUUUGUGAAGUAUACAAUCUUUAAAACUGGAGAGAAUGAGACGCUUUUUGAAAUUGAAAGAUUGUGCACCAAAAUCAACUUUUGAGUUUAUAAAAUAUAAUGAAACAUCAGUUAAACAAAUGGUUGUGAUGUAUGUAAUGAAUUAAUUUCUCUGGUUCCACUAUUUAUUUUGACUUAUUUGGGGGGUGAGUCUGCUCCACACUCCUCAGUAUCAGUACUUAAAAACUGUCUGUGCUUUCCCUCUCAUCUUGAAUGUCAGCCAGUAUUUUUCUCAGAAGCUGCCUUGUCCAUGGAAUUGUCAUUGUAUUGGCAUUCUUUUUUCUCUUUUAAAGAGGGACAGAAAUUACUGUUGAUUUAAUCAAAUCCUUGCUUUAAAUGCACACAGCAAGAAGAAGGCCUGUGUGCUUGGCCUUUUUUCUCAAUUAUGUGCAGAUGUCUUAAUGAGGGACGUUUCCAUUUACUGAGCUUUAAACUGACCACCUAAUUUUAACAAGCUGUACUUGUUCUUUGGUCACAUUCGAACAGUGGUAGUUAGUUAAGGUUCAUCAUUUUGGUUCAAGGCAAGAUGCUAUAAUAAAUACUUAGCUCUUAAUUUCACCCUUCUGGUUUAGUUUGUUGUAGCUUUUGUAGCAAUCUUUAUUCCACGUUUUCUGACAUAAUCAUUUCUGUGUUUCCAUUUAUUUCAUAAUACAAAUAAUUAUUUUAAUUAAAAAAAAAAAACUAAACAUCUUUAGAUUAUUAUUUUAGGAACUAUAGUUUUCAGAUAUCUGUGUUGAUUCUGCUGAAAUCAUUCUAAUUAUAGUUUCAGAUGUAAACCCACUAUUGUCUGUUGGGACGACUGUUAAGAUGAAGCCAUCACAAUGGUUGGACUGCUCCUUAAGGUCUCAGAGGAACUGCCGGCCAAUUUUGCCUUUCCAGAUGUGACAAAGAGGACAUACAAAGUAUUGCUUUUUCUAAAGCUCUUUCCAAACAGCCUAGUGACAGAAAUGCUAUAGAAAAUGGGGCUGGUUUAGUCAGUGCUACAUUUUGUGUGAAUAUAAAGAUCAGCACCUUAUCUUGCUGUUACCUGGGGUUUCUUUGUCCAUCAGGGUGCAUGCAUAAUGACCUAUGUUACAAAGAACAAUCUUUGAAUUGUGACAUUGACGGUGCAGAGAUUAGAAACUGAAUUGGCAUGCAAGACAUAGCUUUGACCAGCAUGUAUACUACCAAAGUGUUACGUGAACACUGUGCUCUACCAAAUGGAAAAGGAAACAUCUGUGUUUGAUUAAAAACUGUGGAAAUCUUAAUUCCUUUUUAGUCCCAUGUUCGUGAAAGUCUCCUAUGCUUUAGAUUAGAUGGGUAUUUUAUAUUCUAGGGUACUGGAAGGUUAGGACAUAUGAGACACUACAUCAAUCCCCUGUCCAGUGGUGGCAGGUUUGAGGAACAGCACACACAGCUGCAACUCUCAACAAGAAAAGUUGCAUCGAAAUAGGCCUAUAUUUUCUGAAAACAUUUUUGUACACAUCUAUUGUUGUCAAGCUCCAUUGUGAAUGAGGUUUUUUUUUUUCUUUAUUGGGAUGUUAUAUCAAUAUGCCAGCACAGAAAAACUGUAUGAGCUGAUUGUGCCAAAAUGACCUGUUGUAUAGGUUUUUCAUUUCUCUACAUACAAGCUGCUGUAAAGAAUGAAUAAAGUAGGCUUUGGAAAGAAGAAAUCCAGGUGUAAGCCCAAAAGCAUGCUUUCUCUGUCAACACCUUUAAGGGACUGGGACAUGAUAUUUGUUUCAAUAAAACAUUUUUUCCUU